AUGUCGGGAGAACUCGCAUGCGUGAUUUUGUUGCUUUGUUCCAUCUACAGAAAUGAGCUAGCUGUGAACGGUAAUAUUCUAAAUGUUACAGCCAACGGACACGUUGACAGCACAACGUUAGUGCCAACAGACACAGCAUCGUCCGAUGGUGCAUGCAAUAGUACCUUCAAUUGUUCAUCAGAUCAUGUGGACGUGACAACUGUGAAGGAUGACCCACCGGUUCAAUGGCUUAUUUCACCCGAGAAAGCUUAUGCUGUCAAGGCUUAUAUCAAGCCAAUGAAUAUCGUUCUAUAUACGUUGUCCCUCAUCUUAAACAGUCUCAACAUCUCGCUGUUCUUGUUGCAGGACCGCAGCUCGACCAACUGCUACCUCAUUGCCAUUAGUGUCGCGAGCAUCCUGAAUGCAGCUUGUCUCUCUGUUCCAGAUAUUUAUAUCAUGGUAACGGCUAAUUACCAAUCAUUGUUUCACAACAUCAUGGGUGUCUACAGUGGUUUGUACGGCCAACUUGUCUUACGGAGAAUUAUCAACUGUCUGGUGUUUCUGGUGUCUAUUGAGAGACUAAUCGUGGUGGCCUAUCCUUUGAAAGCUAAAGAAUUUGUGUUAAUGAGACGCCCCAAAUCAGUCAUCAUGAUGGCAGUUUUGACCACGGCUCUGUUCCAUAUCUUCAGUCCACUCCGUUAUACGGUCACUGCCACUACAGACCCAACAACAAAUGCUACCAUAUUCUCCGUGGGUCAAUCACAACUCUUUCUACACAAUCGGGCCAUACUCCGAGGCAUGAGCACUGCUAGUAAAGUCCUUUUCGUCUACACCCUCCUAAUCGGAGGACUUAUCCUCAAUGUACUCGUGGUCUGUGCUCUGAAACACCAUUCAAAGAAAAGACGACAGAUCGCAACUACAACAGAAACAGACAAAGCAGCAAAACGAGAAAGGCAGACAACAAUCACGAUCGUCACUUCCAGUUUUGUGUUCCUAUUCCUGGCCCUCCCAAUUUCAACCAACUCCAUCGUGUUCAACCUUUUCCCGGACGUGUACGGACCGAAUACGCCUAAUUACUACGUUUUUUUAUUGGUACAGAAUCUAUCGACAAUACUGUCGAGUUUGAGCCUGUCUACAGACUUUGUUGCCUAUUUCUGUCUCAGCACCAGUUUCCGGACCACCUUUUACAGAAUCGUUCACAUCAAGCAGGCCGGAUCUCCAAGCAAAUGUACAGACCAAAUGACAGACCAUACAAAUACAGCUUAGAUGGAUGCGAUAUGAUAUCUCAAGAUAUGAUUUCGCUCGGUUUUGUGAACCCUGUGUCAGUCUAAAGAGGAGGGCAUUCUGUCUGAGUAGAAUGGUGCAUAUUUAUCGUGACAGUAAGUGAGCACAUCCCUAAUAAGUUUGCUUUGUUUGUUUU